AUGGUACGGCCGAAAUUUCGUGCUAUUUUGUCAAAAGUUCUGCAAGAAAUGUCGCAUAUAAGGAAUUUCUCUUCGAAAGGGAAGAGGGGAUCAAUAACUUCACAUUAUGCUACUGCUUCUCCACUUAUAGGAAAAUUUGAUAUUUCUGUUGAUGUCAAUAACGUGUCAUUACGGGAGCCAGUACCAGGACUUUCAGAAGCAAAAUAUUUAAAGCAAACUGACGUUAAACCAUUCGAUACAAAAUUAACAUUAUUAGAAAAUGGGCUUAAAGUAGCUACUGAACCUCACUAUGGAAUGUACUGCACUGUUGGAGUUGCCAUAGACGCUGGUUCACGUUAUGAAGUUGGCUAUCCAUUCGGCACUUCUCAUUUUAUCGAAAAACUAGCUUUUACGGGUACACCAUCUUUUCCAAGUAAGGAGGAUUUGUUCCGUUUGUUAGAACGGCGUGGUGCUUUAAUUGAUUGUCAGUCAACGAAAGAUACGUUUGUUUACGCAUCUUCAUGCCAAGUCGAUGGUUUCUCUGAUGUAAUAAGAUUGAUUGCUGAUUCCGUGCAAAGACCAAUUAUUAACUCAAAUGACAUAGAAGAUGCUCGAUUAAUUAUUGAUUUCGAAAAUAAAGAUAUGAAUUCAAAACUAGAAUGCGAGCCUUUACUUACCGACUGGAUACAUGCUGCAGCUUAUAACAGUAAUACUCUGGGUUUCUCCAGAUAUUGCCCCGAGGAAAACAUAAUGAACAUAAAUCAAGAACAUAUUUAUACAUUCAUGAAGCAGUACUAUAAACCAAACCGCAUAGUAGUUGCCGGUGUUGGUGUUGAUCAUGAUGCUUUAGUUUCUUUAUCUAGAGAACUUUUCGAUGAUUCGAAAACCGCUUGGGCGGAAGAUCCGUCACUACUUCUCGAAAAAAUGCCUCCACCAGAUGAUUCACUUGCGCAAUAUACGGGUGGAGAAAAACUUAUUGCAAAGGAUCUCAGCUCUCUAGCCCUUGGUCCAACUCCGUAUCCUAAUCUUGCUCACUUUGUUAUUGGUUUCGAAAGUUGCGGUUAUCUUGAUGAUGAUUUUGUAGCUUUUUGCGUUCUACAGUCAUUGAUGGGAGGAGGAGGUAGUUUUAGUGCUGGUGGACCUGGUAAAGGAAUGUACACAAGGUUAUACGUUGACGUCUUAAACAGGUAUCAUUGGAUGUAUAAUGCGACAGCUUAUAACCAUGCUUACAAAGAAUCUGGAAUUUUCCACAUUCAAGCAUCUAGCGAUCCAUCACGGAUUGAUGAGACAGCUCAAGUGAUCAUUGAACAGUUUUUGCGGCUGCCCGAAGGAGCAGACAAACAAGAAUUGGCUCGGGCUAAAACUCAGUUGAAAAGUCAGCUGAUGAUGAAUUUAGAAGUGCGACCUGUUAUGUUUGAAGAUUUGGCUCGGCAAGUUCUGGGGCAUGGUUACCGGCGAAAACCGAGUGAAUAUGUUGAAAAAAUCGAUCGAAUAACAGAUAAGGAUAUCAAGAAGAUAGCAGAACGUAUGUUGUCGAAACGUCCUUCUGUUGUUGGUUAUGGUGAUAUUAAGCGUGUUCCACGUUAUGAAUUAGUUGACAAAUGUGUGGCAAAGCGACAUCUUGGAGAGCUCAAGUCAAAAGGAUUUUUUCGUUUCUAA